UGAUUCCAAAAAGAUAGUUUCACCUCAAUACAUACAUAACCAACAAAAAAAAAGUUAAAAAAAAAAAAAUUGAUUGCAUUGAGAGUUACAUGUUUGAGGGAGUGGUAGAAGAGUCAUUGUGACAGUUCCUAUUAAUCUAUCUAUCUAUUCCAGUUCAUUGAAAGCUAGUUAGCUUGUUCCACUUGAGCUUUCUUUCCACAAACAAAAACUUAGUAUCACCAAACUCAAGCUUUCAUAAUUCAACUUCAACAAUCACACUUCACAUACACCACCACCACAAAACACUUAACAAAAAUUCCAAUUCUUCAAUCUUUACCAUAAUUCACUCUCUCAAAUUCCAAGUUUAAGAGUAUAAUGGAAUCUGAAAAUGAAGUUGUUAUGGAAGACGAGAAACAUAUUAUUGGAGAAACAACUAAGGAGAAUAUACCCAAAGAAAUUGAAGAAAAGUUUAAUGAAGAAAUUCAGACCAAGAAUGAAGAAUCUCAAUCCAUAGUAGAAAGUGAAGGCAACAAUUCUAAAGUUACUAAAAACUCUAAACGCAUCAAGGAACCUGGUGUCAAAAGUAAUGUUGCUACAAAGAACACUAAAUCUUCCACAAAAGAUAAACAAAGUUUGAAGGCCACAACAUCAUCAUCUCAAACAAAGAGGCCAAACCUUUCCAAGAGCCUUACUUUCCCAUCCAAAUCAGCUCUUGUUGAAGCUAUGAAGAAAAGCACUGAUGGGAAUAUUCUUCUAAAGACUUUACAUAAGCAUGUUCAAGCUGAGGCUUCAACUCUUCAUCCAAAAAAGUUGACAAACUCUAAAGUGAACUCAAAGGAUGCAAAAACAAACCAUGGAAGUUCUAAACAAAGGACUUCUUUGACAUCCACCAAUAGUUUUAAACCCUCUGAGUUUGGAAGGUCUCCACCAAUGAAAGCACUUACCAAGAGCCAUACAUCUGAGGCAUCCUUACCUGUUGAUCAGAAUUCAAACCCUGCAAAAACUGAAAACCUGAAUAAAGAAGACGACGAUGUUCAUUCCACAACUUCAAGUCUUACUCCUCGUAGGAAGAGCAAUGGUUUUGGAUUUUCAUUCAGAUUGGAAGAACGAGCUGAAAAAAGAAGAGAGUUCUUCUCAAAGUUAGAAGAAAAAAUUCAGGAAAAGGAAGCAGAGAAGAGUAAUAUGCAAGAGAAAUCAAAGGAAAACCAAGAGGCAGAGAUCAAGAAAUUAAGAAAAAGGAUGACAUUCAAAGCAGCUCCAAUGCCGAGUUUCUAUAAGGAACCUCCUCCAAAAGUUGAACUGAAGAAGAUACCUACAACACGCCCGAAAUCACCAAAGCUUGGAAGGAACAAAGGAUCUGUUGUGAACAACAAUUCAGAAGAUAAGUCUAGUUCUAGUCCACAUGAGAAGCAACAGCAAAAUGAUUCAUUCAAGGCAAAGGUAAAGGGUUAUAAAGAUAUAAUAACUUCAAAGAAACCAAUAAAAAAAACUCAAGCCAAAUUGCAGUCUCAGGAAAUUGAAGUCACAAAAACAGAAAUAAGUUCUAUUAGGUCUACCACAAAUGAGGUCUCAGUAAUCAACCAAGAUGCAAAAGCAGUUAUAGAAAGCAACGAAGAAUGUAAAGAUACCACUGUUCAUAUUUCUGAAUACCAAAAUGGGAUGGAGCUACAAUCCCAAAACGAUCUUUCUCAGAACAGUGCUUUGGUCCUAAAUGCAUCCACACCUGAAAUUGUAUCCUAUGAGGUUACUGUUGGAGUGUAGAUUGCAAAGUAUAUUUAUGUAAACUUAAGAUUCCUUAUUACCUGUUAUUUCACUAUUAUUGUGUAUAUAGAGGCUGCUUCAUGUUCUUCAUAAACAUGUAUUGCAAUUAAGGUAGUUGCUUCUUUUAUUAUAAAUGUUAUCGCUUGUAAUGAAUGUAAGAAAGCUUUGUUAAUUUGUUAUUAUUAAGCAAGUUGUUGAUGUGUUUUUCCCUCAGAUUUAAGAAACAUUGUUAUCA